GUGCACGCGUGCAGCGCGAGCACGGGCUCGAGGCUCGAUAACGGAGCGGAAUUAGUCAAGAGAGGGUGGAGAGGAGAAACAGAGUUUACUACGCGAAGGCUCUUAGGCUCUUAGGUUCUUAGGCCGAGGUGGACGUGGCUUGGCCGAUGCCUCAAGUCUACUCGUACUGGUCAGGAAGAGAAAAUAAAUGUCAACAGCAGGCAGCUUGUUACCCAGUUAGAUUACAUAAAUUAGUCAGCUUCUUACUGCAGCAGCAUUGUGAUGCAAAGACAAAGGAGCAAACUUGUGGGAGGCCUCCGAGGAAGACUACUGUUGCUAUAUGAUGCCACCAGUGUCUUCCUUUCAACCUUGUUCUCCUGUUUUUGACUCUGUCCUCUGAAUUCUGGACCUGGGCAUUCCACAUCCAGUCCAUGGUUUUCAGAUACGCUCCCUGGUAACAUCCAAAGUCUAUGCUGCUGAACGAAAAUGUUGGAAAUCUAAAUGUUUCAGAUGUAGCAGUUUAUAGGGACCUCCUUGCAUGAUGUCAGCUGUUUCCUCAGCAAAAACUUUCUUCCAGAAUAAACUAGUCUGCAGCCUACAAUCCACACAAGCUCUCUACAACUUUUUUUUCCUCCUUUCCCCUUUUCCUGCAUCUCUGUUAUCCAUCAUCUCUACUGUUGACUUUUCACUUGUUUUUUGGACAUAGUUCCAACACCAAGCAGGGUGUUUGAUUGAGCUUUUGAUCCAUCAUUUCUUUCAAUUGAGAAAUCUUGUGUCUAGGUGAAACAAUGUGAGUUUCAAAGAUAUUCACAUGAUUAGUUUAAUUAGUGAAUUUUGUUUCCAGAGCCACCAUGAACAUAAACAGUUCCUUUAAUUUGUCUCAGAAAGCAUCCAACUCAGUUUCCAAAACAUUUAGCAGGGCAUCCAUCCAUUUAAUUUGAUCAGGCAUCUCAUUCAUAACGCUCUAAUAGGUUGCUUGACAAUAUGAUAUCUCUUUCUUCCAUGUUACCAAAUCAACCCAUGAAGGUGAACAGGCAUGGCUGGCAACGGAACAGCUUUGGCCUGUGUGUCUGCACAUACUGCAAAGAUUGCUGCUGAGACGUUACAGUACUAUAAAAAGUGUUUUUCUGGUCUCCAGACUUCCACGCCCCUCAUUGGUGCCACCACCUCUGACAGCAUGGCCAAGGCAGGACACUGCAGAGCUACAGCAUCUGCAGGUGUCGUUGACGAGUGAAUACAGGCUUUGCAAUAAGCCAGCAGCAAUACUGAGAUUGCAAGACUCAAGGCAGCAGUGAGGGCUGGAUCAAGGAAAACCAGAGCUUUUAAAUGGAACAAGAACAAACCAGUCCAACUGAGCUGCAGCCUGUCCAUAUGGCAGAGUUAGAAACUGAUUGUAUUACCCUUGGACUUAACACGUUGACAUCUGAAUGCGUCACACCAAGUCUUAAUGCACUGGCAUCUGAGUCUCUGUUGCCUACUGUUUGCACACUUGCUUUAGAUUGUGUUACGUCAGCCCAUACCCCACUGCCAUCUGAGGCUGUUGAAUCAACAAUUUUGUUGUCCUAUGGGAAAAAUGAACCUAAUUUGAACACUGUUCGCACAGUUGAUCUGUCUGAGAUUCAGCCCCUGAGCACCGCAGAGCUGGGUUCAGAGCAAAUCAAAAUGGAGAUCAGUGGUCUUGAUUAUAUCAAGUCUGAGCACCAAGCUGAUCUUAAUUCCUUUCACAGUACAGAGCUAGAUCCAUACAAGGGGCUGUAUGAGUCUAGUCUGAUGUUUGAUUAUAGUACCCAUGUGACUGACACCCUUGAAUACAUAAAGUCUGAGCAUCACGCUGACCUUCAGUGUUACUAUGAUACUGAUAUGAGCACUAUUAAAGCUGAAUAUGAGUCUAACCUAAUGUCCAAUCAUAUCAAAACAGAAAUGAAUGGCCUGGAAUCAAUUCACAUGGCAGAGCUUCGAACUGAGUUGAACAAGCUCAGACCUGAUAGUGUCGUGGAUGGCAUUGGGAAAGUAGAUCCUGAGUUUGUUUCGGCGAGCCUGUAUGAGUUAUCUUCCCAUGUAAGUAAGGGACAUGUUGGAUCAAUUCAGACUGGAGGAAAAAGUCAGAGCACAUCUCAGCGCAAGCCACGUAAUCUCAAUGGUGAAAAGGCCUUUUCUUGCACUCAGUGUGGAAAAAAUUUCAGCACUUUGGGCAACCUCAAGACCCAUCAGCGUAUUCACACAGGGGAGAGGCCCUACUGCUGCUCUCAGUGUGGAAAGAGCUUUGGUCAAGCAGGAAAUCUGAAGAGACAUCAGCUCAUCCACACAGGACAGAGACCAUACAACUGUGCUCAUUGUGCAAAGGGCUUUACUAAAGCAGAUGACCUCAGGUCUCACCAAAGGAUUCACACAGGUGAGAAACCCUUUUGCUGUACUCGGUGUGGCAAGAACUUUAACUUUUUGAAAGAACUGAAAGCCCACCAAUUAUGUCACAUUGGAGAGCACCCCUUUUGUUGCACACACUGUGGGAAAACCUUCAGUAAAGAGAACAGUUUCAGGACCCACCAGCAGAUUCACACUGGGGAAAAACAAUAUGGUUGCUCACAGUGCGGAAAGACAUUUAGCAAUUCUGGAGUCCUAAAAACACAUGAGAAGAUUCACUCUGGUGAGAGACCUUUUUGUUGUAAUCAGUGUGGCAAGAGUUUUGGUCGUUUAGGUCAUCUGAAAGCACAUCAGCAAAUCCACACUGGUGAGCGACCCUAUUCAUGUUUACAAUGUGGGAAAAGGUUUAGUCAGUCAGGACACCUGAAAGCACAUGAACAAAUUCACAAAAGAGAGAAACCUGAAAUUAGUGGUAGUUGUAAUAAUGAUUGUAGUUGAACUUUUAACUUCAUGUACUCUUCAAAAAUCAUUAUGUAUCAUUUUUUAUGUUUUAAUGAUACUUUCUUUGGGGUUCAGUUACUAUUGGAAAAUUCCUAAUAUGCAAGUGUAUUAGGAAUAUAGCAGUGAUUUCCCUCAGACAAUGCAGGAGUUUUACAAGGCUUUGUGGCUGGUUUCAGUCAUCCUAUGGUAUGCAGUACCAUUUCAGUUCUGCUAUAUGCACACACAAUGAUAAUAUACUGAACCAUAUAUGUAAACCAUGUACUGAAAAGAUUUAUUAAAGGAACUAAUGUAA